UUGAUGUGUUUGUGGUGUUUGUGUUGCGCAGUAGAAUGUGGCAAAGGUUAUGUAUCCUUAGAGAUUAGAGAAUAGAGAUUCUCAAUUAGAUAUUCUACCAUAUGUUAUUUCUCGUAAAAAGUAAACGCUCAGUUUGUUAAGAUUGAAUAACGAUAUGCCUGAGAACAUAAAGAAAACCGGACCUUUAAUAGGUGCUAUUGAUGAAGGAACGAGUAGCGCUAGAUUUUUGGUGUUUGACGUGUUACGCAGGAAGGUAGUGGCUUUGCAUCAGGUUGAAAUCAAACAAAAAUACCCUCAAGAAGGAUGGGUGGAGCAAGAUCCAAAAGAAAUAUUACAAGCUGUUAUAGUGUGUAUAGAAGAGACAGUAAAAAAGAUGAAAAACCUUGGCCUAUCAGUCUCUGAUAUCAAAGCUGUUGGGAUUACUAAUCAAAGGGAGACAACAUUGGUGUGGGAUAAAGAGACUGGCGAGCCUUUGCACAAUGCAAUUGUAUGGCAUGAUAUGAGAACAACUACAACUCUAGAAGACGUAUUAGAUAAUAUCCCUAACAAGACAAGAAAUAAGAAUUACUUGAAACCACUAUGUGGCUUACCGAUGUCACCCUAUUUUAGCGCACUCAAGUUACGCUGGUUGAUAGAUAAUAUUUCAUGUGUGAAACAAGCAAUAGAUGCACAGAAAUGUGCUUUUGGAACAGUUGAUACAUGGCUCAUUUGGAAUCUUACAAAGGGACAGUUGCACGUUACGGAUGUAUCAAAUGCAUCUCGCACAAUGUUGAUGAAUAUUGAUACACUGAAAUGGGAUCCUUUAUUAUGUCGUUUCUUUGGCAUUCCACAACACAUUCUUCCCGAAAUACGAUCCAGUGCAGAGAUUUAUGGUUCUAUUUCAAACCUUGAAAUUCUCAGAGGCAUACCCAUAGCAGGUUGUGUUGGAGAUCAGCAAGGAGCUCUCCUUGGUCAGUUAUGUUUGAAACCUGGUCAAGCAAAAGCUACAUAUGGGACAGGAUGUUUUUUGCUUUACAAUACAGGAAAUACAAAAGUUGAUUCAACACAAGGAUUGAUAACUACGGUUGCUUAUAAAAUUGCACGAUCCCCACCUGUUUAUGCAUUAGAGGGAUCCGUUGCUGUUGCUGGAGCCGCUUUAUCUUGGCUGCGAGAUAAUAUACAACUUAUCAGUAAUAUCACACAAACGCAAGAUAUGGCAGAGCGUGUAAGAUGUUCUGGCGACGUGUAUUUUGUACCGGCCUUUUCGGGACUGUAUGCACCCUAUUGGCAACAAGAUGCGCGCGGAGUGAUCUGUGGUAUUACUGAGGAUACGCAACAAUAUCAUAUUAUACGAGCAGCAUUAGAAGCAGUUUGCUUUCAAACGAGAGACAUAUUAGAAGCAAUGGAAAAAGAUUCUGGUACAAAUCUCACAACUUUGCAAGUUGAUGGUGGUAUGACUGUGAACGAUUUGUUAAUGCAAUUACAAGCAGAUUUAACUGGAAUAACUGUUGUGAGACCAAACAUGGUUGAAACGACAGCAUUAGGUGCCGCUAUUCUAGCUGGCAUUGGUGCAGGUUUAAUUGAUAUAAAUGAAGUGGAUGCAUCUCAAGUAACCAAAUUUUCAGCUCAGAUUAGUGAAAAUGAGAGAGAUCUUCGAUAUUCUAAGUGGAAAAUGGCUGUUGAAAGAUCUAUGAAGUGGGAUUGUUCUACAACUCCAAUAAAUAAUUAAAAUCGUAUGUGUAGAUAUAGUUUUAU